AUGGCCUCAAUCUUCGACCUUGGGUUCUGGACCAUUGCGAGUAUCAUCGUCGGCCUCCUGGUACUACUUCCUUCAAUCAUGGGUCUCUUCGGCGGCAAUAAGUUCGAUGUCAAGGGCAAAACAGUCCUCAUCACCGGCGCCUCGGAGGGUAUGGGCAGGAGCGCCGCCGUGCAGCUCGCGCAAAAGGGGGCCAAUGUGAUCAUCGUUUCCCGCAAUGUGGGCAAGCUGGAGCAGGCAUUGGCUGCAGUAAAGGCCUCAGCAGCAAGCCCAUCUACCCAACGAUUUCACUACAUCAGCGCAGACCUAGCCGAAGAAGAGGCAGCCGAUCGCGUCAUCGCUGAGGCGAUUGUCUGGAACAAGGGCGAGGCUCCAGACGUCGUGUGGUGCGUGGCCGGCGGUUCACACCCGAGCCUCUUUCUCGAUACCCCAAAGUCCGUUAUGCGACAGCAGAUGAAUCUCAACUACUGGUCAUGCUCGGAUAUGGCACACGCGAUACUGCGUCAGUGGUUGGCGCUAGAUAAAGUGGGCAGGUCCGGAACCAAACAUCUGGUGUUCACGAGCUCGGUGCUGGGCCUGUUUACGGUCGUUGGGUAUUCACCGUAUAGUCCCGGAAAGGCUGCGGUCAAGAGUUUAAGCGAUACACUGGCACAUGAACUGCUGCUGUAUGGGGACAGCGUCAAGAUCCAUACUGUCUUUCCUGGCACAAUCGAUAGUCCAGGACUGCAGAACGAGAACAAGACGAAGCCGAAGAUUACGCAGAUUAUGGAAGAGGGUGAUCCGGUACAGACGCCUGAUGAGGUUGCCGCGAAGUCUAUCAAGGGCCUGGAGAACGGGGAGUAUUUGAUUGUGGUAGGAUUUCUGGGCCAGGCCAUGAGGGCUUGUUCGUGGGCUGGAGCCGCGAGGAAUAAUUGGCUGUGGGACACGCUGCUGACCUGGGUAGUGGCUCCUAUCAUGUUCUUCAUCAAGAUGGAUUUGGAUGGGAAGGUUCGGUCAUAUGGGAAGAAGCAUGGUCACCCGAGCACAUACUCAAAGACGGCAUGA